UAAAUUUUACAAAAGAAAAUUCGAAGGCUCAAGCUUGAACAUUGCUGCCAUACCACUACGGGAAGCAAUGGUGAGAAGAAGGAAUUAGUAGAUACAAAUGGUGGGGUCUUGGUUACGCCCUUUCUUGAAUUGGGUCUCCCCUCUAAACCUCCACAAAUAUGGAGCUGUUUUGAAUAGCUUGCUACCAGGUAUCCUGGCAAAUGAGGAUGCAACACAAAGGUCAUUGCAAGAUGACACAUCACCAAAUGUUGAAGAAGUACAGAAAAUCAUCGGGUACCACUUUAAAGAUCGGAAUUUAUUGCGGCAAGCUUUUACACAUCCGUCGUAUGACAAGGAUUGUAUAUCUUAUGAGCGGCUCGAGUAUGUGGGUGACUCGGUUCUUAACCUUAUGAUCACAAAACAACAGUUUUCCAAGUAUCCCAAUCUUCCACCUGGGUUAUUGUCACCUCUACGUGCUGCAAAUGUUGACACAGAGAAGCUUGCACGUGUUGCUGUUAAGCAUGACUUCCACAAGUAUUUACAGCAUGGAAGGCCUAUCCUUACGCGACGAAUUCAAUCAUUUAUAAAUGCUCUUCCUGAAUAUCCAUUGCAUUCUCAUGGAUUGAUAAAUGCUCCGAAGGUGCUUGCUGAUGUUGUUGAAUCAACAAUAGGAGCAGUAUUUAUCGACAGCAAUUCUUCAAUUGACACUACCUGGGAGGUAGCAGAGAAUCUAUUAGAGCCCAUAAUUACACCAGAAAUUCUUCAAACAAAUCCAGUGAAGAAGCUCUAUGAGACAUGCCAGAAGCAUAAACUCAAAGUUCGAGUAGUCGAUAUGUGGUCACAUGAUGGGAGUUUUGAAGUUUUUAUUGACAAUCAACUAAGUGGAAAAGGCAUGUGUCAUGUAAAGAAAGAAAUUGCAUUGAACAGAGCAGCAAAUAAGGCAUAUGAUGAAGUUAUUAGAAUGUUAAGUGUUGGCAAUAUGAAGAUAGCUAAUAGCUAAUAAUCUGGCAUUCGAAAGAGAACUAUUUGUUCUUAUUGCAAGUAUACAGUUUUGGAUUUCCAAAGUUGAUUUACAGACUCAUUGGUUUAGAAAUCCACAGGGCUUCAAUUUUCAUUA